CUUCUAGCUUUCAUCCGUCAUGUUCUUCGAGGCACCGAAGAGUUCGAGUAUAUUAGGAGCUCUUGCUUCGGGAAGUUAUUUGACCUCCCAGCCCGUCAAUGUCCGUCUUCGGGUAAACUGAUACACGCCAUGUUGACCAGACAACUAGUUUGUGCGGACAAACACACACAAGUGAUCCAAUCAAGUUCGGCCUCCAAGAGUUUGGCACCAUUACCGGUUUGCCUUGUGGAGCUUUCCCUGUUGGAUACACCCUUGAUAAAGAAGACGAGUCUCAAGCAAACAAAGACCCUGAUUGGAUCAAGUUGAUAGGGAAAAAGAGAUUCACAACCAUUGCUGAUUUGCGUAACAAGCUGGAGACCGAUAAGAACAUGCCGGGGAAAAAGAAGCUACAGCUUGCUUUGAUAAUAAUAGUCGAUGGUGUCCUCAUUGCUCAUCAACAAACGCCACGCCCUACUCUGAAAUAUGUCAGAAUGGUCCAAGACGUUGACACUUUCUGCUCACAUCCUUGGGGUAGAGAGUCUUUUAUCAAGACCAUUGUCUGCAUGAAACCUCCGAAGUUCGUCCCAAAGAAAUGUCAGGACCCAAUCGAAGCAAUGGUUCAGCUCCUCAAGCAGGAGUCAUUGAGGCUUAGGGGAUUCCCCCUUGCACUACAACUCCUUGCAUACCAGGCGAUCCCAAAACUUCAGUCAACCAUUCCCAUCCCGUUUGAUUCUCGUACAAUCAUGGACCUCGACGGCCCUAAUCUUCCUUCCUAUCCAGCGCCCAGCGCCAGCGAUAUUAUAAGUGUGGAAGCUGACCCUGAUCUUCAAGUGACACCGUUGAUACCAAUACAUAGCCAACCACAACCUGGAUGGGGUGUUUGGCCUGAUGUCUCAAACGACGACCGUGUGUCAUACAUGGAGCAACUUAUAGCUGACCAUCGCCCCUUCACGAAGGACCUUUGGCAUGGUGGAGACACAUCUGCGCCAUUAAUCACUACUGCUACAAAUGAUGAAGAUCAACCCAAAUCUAAGAAGAUCAAGCCGGAAGCACCUCCCAAAAAUGCCAAACCAGUCACCAAAAAGGUCCUCAAACCAAGGAAGACAUCAAAGAAAAAAGACACGGUCCGCAAGCAGAGACGCAUCAGUAGUUACUUUCAUGCCGCGUCUUCUUCCAGGAUAUCAAACGACAAAAUACUGGAGCUCCUGACUGCAAUUUCAGAUCAAGUAUCCAAGCUUCAAAAGGAGUCAAAGCUGCUUCGCAAAUUGCUUAAGCGCAAGAAGACUACAACUUCGUUCAAGCGCUCUGCCUUCAACACUCUUCUCGGAGAAGGAUUAGUAAAGAAAGGCAAAACUGCUUUUGCACACAAAGGAUGUCAGACUGAACCAACAAACGACAACGUUCCUGUCUCUUCCCACGAUGUAUGCCAGACGGGGCCACAAGCUGAUAUCUCUCACCAUACGGUAAUGUUGUUUAUUUGUUACUUCUUGUAGGUGCCAUUAACUGUG